AUGCAGCUCUCAGGACCCACCCUGGUCGCCGUCGCCACCGGCAUCGUCGGAUCCGCCUGGGCGUCAGGCGUCAUCACGAGCCUCACGCUCAUUUCUAUCCCAUCUGCAAAGGCGGUGCCGGAAAAAGCCACGGCCUUCUGGGCCGACGUAUACGCCCGCGGUGCCAACCUCAUGCCAAGGGCCGGAGCCACCGUCGCGCUGGCCUAUACGUACGCCGCAUACGACGUGCGUCGCGCGGGCGGGCAGUGGCAACUGUUCGCGGCCGCGGCCGCAAGUGUCGUCGGCAUCGUGCCGUUCACACUUCUCGUCAUGACUGACACCAACGACAAGCUGCACAAGCUGAACAAGGACGGCACAUCUGGGACGGAACCCCAGGCGAAGGAAUUGCUUGACCGCUGGGGCAUUAUGAACUUUAUGCGCGGCCUGUUGCCUCUUGCCGGUACUAUUCUGGGCAUCAAGGCGUAUCUUGAUAAUUCGCAGUGA